UUCCUGGAAAUAGAACAGCUAGGAACAAGUCUUAGUUUAAGUCUAAUACAAGAAUGGUUGACAAAUUCAAAUAGAAACCUCACCGCUGAUCAGUUAUCAGUUGUGAAUAAAUCUCUCGCUUCCUGCAGUCUUCCAUUAUAUGCCAAACUCGUUUUUGAGGAAAUUUGUAGAUGGUCGUCGUAUACUACCGUUGAUACGACAACCUUGGAACCAACUGUAAAUGGAAUAAUAAAUAAACUUUUGGACAACAUCGAAAAGUACAACGGAAAAAUUUUUGUCAAGCACACUCUUUCAUAUUUAACAGCCUCGAAAAAUGGAUUGAGUGAUGUAGAACUUGAAGAUGUCUUGUCAUUGGACGAUGAUGUUUUGAAUGAUGUCUUCCAGCAUUGGCUUCCUCCGGUCAGAAGGAUACCCCCACUUCUCAUUCCCAGACUUCAUGACCAGCUGUCCAGUUAUCUCAUGGAACGCGAAGCCAAUGGCAUCAUCGUUUACUAUUGGUACCAUAGACAGUUUAUUUUUGUUGCCAAACGGAGAUACUUGAAUGAUUUAGGACACAAAUUGUAUAUACAUUCUUCUUUAGCUCAUUAUUUCCAGGGCACGUGGGGAGGUGGGAAAGAAAAGCCAUUCAAAUGCACG